CUUUGACAGCCGUCGCUUAGUACUUGAGAAAAUUUUAAAGUAACAUGAAACUGUACACGGUCACGAUGAGAGUCACGAAAAUUAUGUUAUGUACUAUCAGUAGGUGUCAUGCAUGUGAAAUUUAAAAACACUUCCAAAAAAAUAUGGUGUUAUCAAUCUACACAUUUAAACUGAAUCGUCUAAUAGAACUGUAAGAAUGUAAGAUCCAUUAUUUUUGAAUUAUUGAGAUGAUGAAAUUAUACAGAUCUUCAAUAAGUAAAAGUGUUUCUCAUUCCUACAAAUUACAGAAAAAGCUUGUUAAUGUGGGUACCUUAUUUUUGAAUUAAAGGAAGCAGCAUAAUAUAAUAAUGAAAGAUGUACAGUGCAAGAGACAAAGUAUUUUGGUUUGCUAUUUUAUCUCGUGGGAUUGUCUUCAUUCUGCAGCUUGCAUUCAAUGCUAUAUGUCCAGACCACGCAGCAGAUGCUUUUUAUAGUCCUAUAGACCCAAUUGAAAAAUAUAAUAAAUUAGAUAAAGUAAUUUUUUUUAUGUUUAGUGGCUUAACCAGAUGGGAUGCUCAGUAUUAUGUGCACAUUACCAAAUAUGGAUAUACAUAUGAAAAUACACUUGCAUUUUAUCCUCUUUAUCCAAUUUUAGUAAAAUACACAGCUUAUGUGUUGAAAAUAGAGCCACCAUUAAUAAAUUAUAGCAACACAAUAGUGAUUUCAGGAUUCCUAAUAAACUUUGUUUGCUUUGUCAAGGCAUCAUUGAUUUUAUAUGAUCUCAGUCUUAUUGUCUUUAAAGAUAUCAAAAUAGCAUACAGAGCUGCAAUUCUGUUUUGUAUAAAUCCAGCCAGUAUAUUUUUUACUGCUCUUUACACUGAAUCAAUGUUUGCUUAUUUAACUUUUUAUACUAUGCUAGAAAGUAUUAAGAAUAAUCCAUGUGUAUUUUUACCUUUGAGUCUUUCCAGUCUGGUAAGAUCUAAUGGUUUGAUUAAUUUAGGUUUUCCAAUAUACGUAUGGAUCAGAAAUUUAUUGGUCACUAGCAUACCAAAUUGCAAGAAUGAAUUAAAAUAUUAUCAUUCUAAUAAAGGAUCACUUUUUUUUAGUAUUAGACACAUAUGGAUAAGUUUAAUCCAAAUAUUUGUAGUAGUUAUUUUAUCAAUAUUGCCAUUACAUUAUUUACAAAUUUAUAACUAUGAACACUUUUGUAAAUCAGAUAAUAAUGCUAGUGAAGUACCAUCUUAUGUAAAAGAAUAUGCAAAAAACAAUAAUUUAUUAUUGAUUGAUGAACAUGAAUUUACAUGGUGUCAGUCAAAACCUUCAUUGUCUUUAAUAUCAUCAUAUUCUUACAUUCAAAGCAAAUAUUGGGAUGUUGGCUUCUUAAAAUACUAUAAAUUUAAGCAAAUACCAAAUUUUUUGUUAGCUUUACCAAUUUUAUAUAUAUUUUUAAACUGCAGUUAUGAAUUUUUCAAAGAACACAAAUCAAAAUUUUUUACGCUACAAUUUUUUACUGGCUCUAAUGAUAAUCAAAAAUCUGAAAAGAAUAGAUACCCUUUGGAAAUGUUUGUAUUUAUAGUACAUGGGCUAUUCUUAACAAUUGUUUGUAUUUCUAUUGUUCAUAUUCAAGUGAGUACAAGAUUAUUGUGCUCCGCUAGUCCAGUCAUUUAUUGGUAUUGUGCCUUAGCUACUAUGAAAAAAGUUCAAUUGUCUAAAAGUACUAAACAGUUGGAAUAUGAAAGUCACGAUAAUAUGUAUUCCAGGUGGAAAGUAUUUUUUAUAACACAGAACGAAUAUUCAUACAAAGAAAAAUUGAUUUUUGGCUACUUUUUAGGAUAUACAAUAUUAGGCAGCUUCAUGUUUUCAAAUUUUUUACCUUGGACAUAAAUGAAUAGCUAAAAAAACUUUAUC